AUGGCGUCCGCCCAGCCUAGGGCGGGUACACAGUUCCCCCUACUCGAACAGCCGCCUGAGAUGCGACAGACAAUCUACAAGUACUGUCUCUUGGACAUCGAUACCAUCUGCAUCCUGCCUAACGCGAAAGGCAACGUCACCAGCCUGCACCCGCUGCAUAGAGUGUGCCACCAAGUCCGCGAAGAAUUCGGCGCCCUGCUAGCCGAGCAGUCUCCAGCACAGGUAACUACCUUCGUCGCGGAUGUGCACGAUAUGAACUUCGAUUCCGCCCGCCUAUUCUUCACGCGACUCUCCAGCAACUCUCCAAUGGCCAACAUGCGCUUCGGCAUCAACAAAGCCAUCGGGGAGAAAGAACUACUCAUCAGUCUUACCAUUUCCAAAAAAUGGUUCAAAAACCCGAAGAAUCUCUCAAGCCUGAACUGGACCAGCUUUCUCAGCAAACAAGAGGCCCGUGGAGCUGUCAUCACACCGCACGACAUCAGCUACGAGAUCUCUAGCCUCGGGAGGAUGAACCAGAACGCAAGGGCAGCGCUCGGUGACUGCCUCGUGAGCAGGGGUACGAAUUGGUGGGAGCCACUUGUGCACGGGUUGGUCGACUAUUUCGACUACGGUACGGCGGAUCCAGACGAGGUUGCGCGGGCAGAGCGUAGAAUUCAAAAGCAAGCGAAUCUGGAUGGGCAGAAGGAGAUCAAUCGGUUGAAAGAGGCAUACGGAGCUGGGUACGUGAACGCUGGGGCGAAGGAGCUGGCGAUUGGGUGGGCGGGACUGAUGCUGGUGCCGGAUUUGCCGGAUGAGGAGUUGCAUGCAUGGGUCGACGAGAACAAUCUCGAGGUUUACGGAUGGGGAAGGAACCGAUAG